AUGCUCGACACACUCAAGAUGAGCGAGACCCAAUUGACCUUUGGUCGGACCGACGACUACAUCUUCAUCUCCAAGCCCAAGAAGGGCAUCGCUUAUGUUGAGGCCCGUUUUAAGGAUGGCAAAGGUCUUGCGCACACAGACAAGGGAUGCCAACUGCUUCUCUCCAAGCUUGAAAGAGAAUGGAGCGCACCCAAACUCAAGGAUGACACUGUCAUCUCACUUGAGGCUGACCUCUUGAAGGAGCCAGUUUUCCACAAGGAGAUUCCAAGCGACAUGUUCCACUCUCUUCGUGUGGUUGAGUUCCAAGGCCUGGAUCCAUCUACUCGUGUCGUCUCUAUCCGCGACGUUGCCAUCAAAGUCAACCUCUACGGAUGCACUCCAGAGUCACCCUCUGAGUCGGAUGAUGAGCUGGUGGACAUUCUUCCAAGCGCCACUAAAGUCGAUGGCAUUUGGGAACUAUGCUGA